AUGGACGUACUUAAAAGCCUUUUGUGUUCAGCGCUAGAAUUGGAAUUAUUUUUUAAGAAAAGAAAAGACAUUUCAGAAAUAGUGUUAACUUGUUUAUAUUAUCGAACUCAUCCUCACUUCUUCAUCUCUUUUUCAUCUUCUUUCUUACCUUCAUCUAUCGGUCAUCCUCUUUUCAGUUCUCUCCCUCUCUCUCUCUCUCUCUCUCUCUCUGUUUUCUAUUCUCCCUCUUCUUUCCUUAAUAAAUCUACCUUUCAUCUGCUUUUCUUUCCUCGUCUCACUUUCAUUCUCUUCCCUUCUCUUCGUCUAGCUCUCUGUCACCAUAUCUCUUUCCUUGUUCAUCUCUAUUCCAUUCUCUCCCCUUCUCGCUUUCAUUUAUCUCGUUUUCAUCUUCUCCCCUUCUCCCCGUCAUCCUCUCUCUUCACGUCUCUAUCUCAUCUUCUAACUUCGCCUAUCUCCCUUUCAUCCGCUUUUCCCUCUUCAUUUCUCACUCUCUUUUCCUUUCUAUCCCCUUCUCCUCUUGAUCUAUCUCGGUUUCAUUUUGUCUCCUCUUCAUCUAUCGCUGUCCUCCUCCUCUUAAUUUCUCUCCCUUUUCUCCUUCAUAUCUUUUUCUCAUCCUCUGUGAUUCAGCCUUUCAUUUGUGUCACCCUCUCUCCAUCUAGUUCUCUGUCAUUCACUGCCUGUCUAGCUUUCAUUCUCUCUCUCUCAUUCAUCUAUUUCCCUUCCAUCCUCUCUCUCUCUCUGUGUCUGAUCGCAUUACCUUCAUUCGACGUGGCUAAGCGGCAACUAACCACAGAUGUUCGACGAAUGACGCUUGAGAGUCGACAUGAGCUGCUCGACUCAUACCUCUUCGUUAUUUUGCGCAAUCUCAUUGACAACCUCUUCACCUUUUCGCAAGGACAAAAGCCUCUUCGGGCAACCCUAACCCUCCACAGCUUCUCUUCUUCUGUCCUCAACAAUACUUGUUCGCUUACGACCCCACUUCGUCUUCGUGGCACUUGUUCAACAUUCCAUUUGCUCAAACUUGUCAAGUAG